CUGUGCGCUGAUUGGCUGAGGCAGCGCGAAGGCUGGAGAACUCGGCGUUGUUUGAGUUCUCCAGCAGCUCCACCACAGAACCGAGAGUAGGUUAUAUGGAGAACGCCGCGAGGAGGGAACAGAGGCUUCACGAGGAGAAAUCUGAUGGACUUUACAGCGCGAGAUCCUGCAGGACACCGUGACAUGUGCCGGGGGCGCGCGUGAGUCGGCGCUGGGUAUGCAGUGCGUGUUCUUAGGGGCUUUGUGUCUUGCUGGAUGAUCAGACUGAAGAUCUGACCUGCUGGGCUGAGUGUCUUAUAGACAGAUCUUCUACAGGCCGUCAUGGGUGAAGUGGUGAUUGUGAAGGAGGGAUGGCUUCACAAACGAGGCGAGUACAUAAAGACGUGGAGGCCAAGAUAUUUCCUGUUGAAGAGCGACGGGACAUUUAUCGGAUACAAAGAACGGCCGCAGGACGUGGACCAGCUGGAGACUCCGCUCAAUAACUUCUCAGUGGCACAAUGUCAGCUGAUGAAGACGGAGAGACCCAAGCCCAACACCUUCAUUAUCCGCUGCCUGCAGUGGACCACGGUGAUUGAGCGCACGUUUCAUGUGGAAACUCCUGAAGAGAGGGAGGAGUGGACAAAGGCUAUUCAGGCCGUGGCUGAUGGGCUGCAGAAGCAGGAGGAUGAGAGGAUGGAGGCUUCGUUUGUUCCCUUGGAUACAGAUACGGAGAUGAGCCUGGCCAAACCUCGUCUCAGAGUGACGAUGCAUGACUUUGAAUACCUGAAGCUGCUGGGAAAAGGCACGUUUGGAAAGGUGAUUUUGGUGAAGGAGAGGGCGACCGGUAAAUACUACGCCAUGAAGAUCCUCAAGAAGGAUGUGAUCGUGGCUAAAGAUGAAGUAGCUCACACACUCACAGAGAACCGAGUGUUACAGGGCUCCAAACACCCUUUCCUCACGGGUCUGAAGCACUCGUUCCAGACUAACGACCGGCUCUGCUUCGUUAUGGAGUACGCUAACGGAGGGGAGCUUUUCUUCCACUUAUCUCGAGAUAGAGUGUUUUCUGAAGAGCGAGCACGCUUCUACGGAGCAGAGAUCGUCUCCGCUCUGGAUUACCUGCACUCAGAGAAAAAGGUGGUUUAUCGGGACCUGAAGCUGGAAAACCUGAUGCUGGACAAAGACGGACACAUAAAGAUCACAGACUUUGGCCUGUGUAAGGAGGGAAUCACAGAAGGAGCCACGAUGAAAACAUUCUGUGGGACUCCUGAGUACCUGGCUCCGGAGGUUCUGGAGGAUAACGACUAUGGUCGAGCCGUGGAUUGGUGGGGUUUGGGGGUGGUGAUGUACGAAAUGAUGUGCGGUCGGCUGCCGUUCUACAAUCAGGACCACGAGAAGCUGUUUGAGCUGAUCCUGAUGGAGGAGAUCCGCUUCCCCCGAACACUCAGCCCUGAGGCCAAAGCUCUGCUCGCUGGACUUCUACAGAAAGACCCCAAGCAGCGGUUAGGUGGCGGGCCCGAGGAUGCUAAAGAGAUCAUGCAGCAUAAGUUCUUCUCUGGUAUUGAGUGGAAGGACGUUUAUGAGAAGAAGCUCACUCCACCCUUCAAGCCCCAAGUAACGUCAGAAACAGAUACGCGGUAUUUUGACGUGGAGUUCACAGGACAGACCAUCACCAUCACCCCCCCAGGGCAAGAUGAAAGUAUGGAGGCGUUUGACAGUGACAGGAGACCCCAUUUCCCCCAGUUCUCAUACUCAGCCAGCGGAACAGCAUAACACACACUGUGGAUGGACCAAUACCCCCCACCCCACCCCCCCCAGUCACUGACGGACUGAGUCAGUGAGUCAGCUCCCAUAAUACACCACUCUGCACAUGGACAUGAUCAGUGCAACUGAAUAUUAGAGCUGUGUGUUCAUCAUCAGAGAGACAGAGACUGUGGUCAGUGUGGUCAGUCUGACAAUCUGUGAGCUCUUUUCUCUGUUUCUCUCCUUUCAUUCUUUAUUUUCUGUUUUCUGUAAUGUGUGAUGUUCACUCUUAUCACUUCUCUAACUUCAUCUGACCUGAAGAUCCCCCUCUUACUGAGGCCCCCUUCAUAUCUGCUAUUACAGGAGCGAUUCGGCGGAUAAUCAGAUGACGUGUUCUGUGUUCAUUCCAAUUUAACUCACAGUAGAAAUCAAUAGUCACUCAAACCUCUUCUGUAUUUCACAAAACGUCUGUGGACAGGCAUCCAGGUCUUUGUUUGAUCUUUAAGCUGACUAAACACUGUGUGAAUUAAUUCA